CAAUCCGUAUGACAGCUCUGAUCCUCGUCCGUGUCUUUUUUCUUCACGAUCAGGUGCAACUGCGCACAGGAUUAUUACGGAAGAGUCUGGAUUUUUAGCUAGCUCCUCUAUCAUUACCUGAACAUCAUCCCCACUGUGCUUGACAAGCGUGAAUAUUUUCCCGUUGAUGACAAGCGUUCGAGUGAUGUUUGGUUGAUCAGCGUCUGCAAAACAAGUCAAGGUUCAAGUCGGAUCGCACGCUCUUGUUGGUAUCAGCGUAUAUCUAGAGAUCGCCAUGACGGAAAACGUGUUUUUGUUUGUCCCUAAUAUCGUUGAUUACCUACGAGUGAUCACAGCUUUUGUGUCCUUUUACUACAUGCCCUUUGACCCAUGGAGAGCCUCAUUCUGGUAUUUACUCAGCGGCUUCCUUGAUGCUAUUGAUGGCCAUCUAGCAAGGAUGCUCAACCAGUCCAGUAAACUGGGAGCAUUGCUGGACCAGCUGAUCGACCGGUGUGCCACAAUGUGUCUGUGUGGAGCACUGUGUUACUUCUAUCCAGAUUAUCUCAUGUUCUUUCAGUUCUAUAUGGCUCUUGACAUCACCAGUCACUGGUUCCACCUGCAGAGCACACUGAUGAAGGGUGCAGGUAGCCACAAAGUUCUUGAUCUGUCAGCCAAUCCACUGUUAAGGCAUUACUAUCAUAACCGGAAAAUCCUGUUCAUUAUGUGCUCGGCCAAUGAAGUCUUCUUCUGUAUGCUGUAUUUGACACACUUCUCAGCGGGACCAACACUGGGAUUUGGACUUGGAUUGUGGCAAGUGCUUCUCUACCUGACGGCACCACUGGCAGCCCUGAAGACCUUAAUCAGUGGCGUUCAGCUUUGGGCAGCCUGUAAAAACAUUGCAGCCAUUGAUGUGGCUGACAGGGAAGCUGCAAGACAGAAGCAACAGUGAAGAAUCCGUCCCAGUUCCUGGUUACAGAUACAUUACUAACUACGUCAUUGUUAGUUUUGAAUUUCAUGCCAGUAUUAUUUUUAAAUUGGAUAUGUCAGCAUUAUGCCAAAUAUUUAUCUUAGUUGGUAGUUUGCAAAGCAGUCCUGUUUGAAGAUUUGAAUGUUUUAGAAAUCCGCGACAUCUUACUAGAUCAAUGUAUGUUCUGGAAUCAAUAUGAGCUAUGUAUUUGAUAUAAUGGAUAUAUAUCUAGGUCCAGAUGGCCAUUGAUAAGGGCUACUGAGAAAUAAUUUGUUUCAAUUUUGUGUGUUCAUCAGUGAGUUUGUAACCCUGAUUGUACAAGCUGCUUCCUAACACCUCUUGCAAGGGAUAAUUUCUCUUUUUCUCAGAAGUCUAGUAAAACAGCUGUCAGUGCUAUCCAUAACAGUUACAUUAAGGUAAAUGUAAUUUAUAAUGACCUUUGUAACAAGUGAUUCUUUCAACAUCUCUGUGUGAUCAUGAUUACGAAGAGUCCUGAGUCCAAUAUACAAGUGUUUUGGAUAUUUAGACACCUGUGAUUUCAACAAAUGUAAAAUGUUUAAUUAUGUAACUACAUGAUGUACUACGUUUGCUAUGGACUACUUUGAGACGGGAAGUUUACCUGUGUUAAAUAUAAAUAUAAUGACAUUUGAUUAUGUUAUUGUAUUAAUUAUUUACUUCUGUUAAACAAAAUUAGUUUUUGCAUUCAGAAUUAAGAAAUGGGACCAAUUUGCAUAUGCUCCUAAACAUUUUCCUUUGUGAAGAGAGCCCUGAUUGUCAGUGAUCAGUGAUUACACGUGUUGGUGGUGCUUGUUGUUGAUACAGUUGUCUGUAAGUAAUACUGUCUAUAAGGAUGGAAACUGAUUGCUGUCUGAUCUGUUGUAUGUUAAAAGAUGAAAUCAUAGCUAGAGUUGUCUACUGCUAAGUAGAAUACUUGUUUUAAAGACAUUCUAUGAAAUAUUUUGAAUUACUAUAAUAUUGAACUUAUAUUUUCACCUACAUUUUAAAAGAAACCAUUUGGUGAAUUUUUUAAAGAAAGUAAGUUUUAAAUCUGUAAUAUGUACAAAUAAUUAGGGAAUGCAUAUGUACAUUCCUUGCUACCCUCAGCUAAUAUGUUGUCUUUAUUGUUGGUUGUUAUGUGUGUAUACAACUGAUGUGUAGAGAAUAGUGUUAAAAGUACUGUCAAAAACUAAACAAAAGUUUCAAGUUCUAGUCAACUAGAUAAUGUUCAAUGUUUUGAUCAACUCAAAAUAUUUUAAUGUAAUUUGAAUUUUAUAUUUGUAAUUUUUAAAUUGAGAUAAUUAAGUUAUUAAUUAUCUGUUGUUUAGUAUAACAGGAUCGGUUUGACCAAUGUUUUUACAUCUGAUAAUAACAUUAUACAACAUCACUGCCAAGAGAGGCAACCUAUCAAAACAUACUCAAACAUUUUUGUUAAUAAUUUGUCGGUGUAGUCCAUGUAUGGAGAAAACCUCUAUGUUUACACUGUCGGUGUAGUCCAUAUAUGGAGAAAACCUCUAUGUUUACACUGUCGGUGUAGUCCAUGUAUAGAGAAAACCUCUAUGUUUACACUGUCGGUGUAGUCCAUGUAUGGAGAAAACCUCUAUGUUUACACUGUCGGUGUAGUCCAUGUAUGGAGAAAACCUCUAUGUUUACACUGUCGGUGUAGUCCAUGUAUGGAGAAAACCUCUGUGUUUACACUGUCGGUGUAGUCAAUGUAUGGAGUAAACCUCUAUGUUUACACUGUCGGUGUAGUCCAUGUAUGGAGAAAACCUCUAUGUUUACACUGUCGGUGUAGUCCAUGUAUGGAGAAAACCUCUAUGUUUACACUGUCGGUGUAGUCCAUGUAUGGAGAAAACCUCUGUGUUUACACUGUCGGUGUAGUCCAUGUAUGGAGAAAACCUCUGUGUUUACACUGUCGGUGUAGUCCAUGUAUGGAGAAAACCUCUGUGUUUACACUGUCGGUGUAGUCCAUGUAUGGAGAAAACCUCUGUGUUUACACUGUCGGUGUAGUCCAUGUAUGGAGAAAACCUCUGUGUUUACACUGUCGGUGUAGUCCAUGUAUGGAGAAAACCUCUGUGUUUACACUGUCGGUGUAGUCCAUGUAUGGAGAAAACCUCUGUGUUUACACUGUCGGUGUAGUCCAUGUAUGGAGAAAACCUCUGUGUUUACACUGUCGGUGUAGUCCAUGUAUGGAGAAAACCUCUGUGUUUACACUGUCAGUGUGUUUACAAUGUCGGUGUAGUCCAUAUAUGGAGAAAACCUCUGUGUUUACACUGUCGGUGUAGUCCAUAUGUACCUAAUUGUCUGACAGUGUUUUGUUAUAAUGGGAGAUACAAAGACAACCAGAAGCAUUGUCGUCCUGUUUAAUUGAUGUUCAAUGUUUUUCAAUAGUGUUCAGACCAGAAGAAUGUUAUAUAUACUAAACUAUAUAUAUUGUGUUACAUGAUGUAUUUUUUAUUAAGUUCAGUGAAUGAAACUGGUUUAAAUUAUUUUGAGUUAUUAUAGAAGCUAAUGCCCUGUUGCUUUAGAAUAUGAAUUUGAUGUUUAUAUAUAUAUAUAUAAAAUAAUUAAAUGCCAUAUACUUUAUGAAUAUGAAAAUGGCGUGAAAGAAACCCUAUCUUUUUUCCUUGAUCUUCAGCUGAUAUCCUCAAUGUUGUUUAAAUAGCUUGCUGUGUUUCUUUUUACGAGUUUUCAUUGUUUACAAAAUGUAUCAUCAAAAUAUCUAACUAAAUAUGCUUAUGUCAAAUACAAAACAAGUGAUGUUUUUAUUUCUAACAGUCUGAAUUUAAUAUUCUACAGUAAUUCCAUUGAUGUUUGCAAGAAAGCAGCCAUUGUAGACAUCAAAUAUCUAAAUAUUUCAAGAUCCUCAAUUCAGAGUUUAAAGGGAAUAUUAUUAUUAUUACCGUAAUUAUGUCUAUAACCUUUAUUUAUUUUACAAAAAAUGCAAAACAAAUUAUAUUCACUUACAUUUAACAAUCUUGUUUGCCAGGAUUGAAGCAUGUUAGGGGUGUUGCUGUGGGGAGAAACUGAUCGAAGUAUCCGGGUAAAAAAAAUGGUGUCGGGACUCAAGCCCGGCCACCUAGGUGAAAGGCAAUUGCAUUACCACUGUGCCCCCUUACUGCCCAUUACCAUAGUUAUUCUGCAAAAAAUUCCUUGUAGAAGAUUUGACUAAUUGCAGAACAAUAUUGCAGAACAGUGUAAUAGCACCUUGUGGCAUUUGUACUGAAAUGAAAUAUAUAUGGAUUGCCUUAUAAACUGACAUGGACUUAUUGCCAGAGAUACAGUACUUUUUUUUUCAUUUUACCUGUGAAAUUUAACCAUGAAAUGUAUCUAUCAUACAAUAUACUACAACAGACACCCCCUGGAACAAAUAAUUUGGUGAAAUUGUCGUAGUUGUUUAAUAAUUGGCAUAGUCAAACCCAGAGGAAAAACAGGAUAUGGCAGAGCUCUAAAAUUAUAUAUAAUUUGACAAAGCUCACAUUGGGCAGAGCUGAUAUAUGAUAUGGCUUAAUCCUUCUUUUUCUCGUUCCCCCAUUUUCUGUUAGGAAAGUUCGUUGAAGCUCUUGACUGUAUGAAAAAAAUCUCUAAUGUAAUUUUUUAUUAUUUUUUUAGUUUUUAUUGUAUGUUUGAUGAUAGAAAUUAAGUAUUGUUUACAAAUGAAAUUUGUUUUGAGAAUUUGUUAUUCAGAAACAGUUUUAUUACAAAUGUUAAACAGUAAAUACUUUUAAUUGAGGUUAAAUGUAAUUCAAAUGCAAAUUAACCUAACAAAUAGGCUAACAAAAUGACACAUAUAAGCUCGUUAAGAUUAAGAAAAGGCAUGUCACAUGCUUGGAUAAAAUCAGUCAUUACUUACUCACAAUCUCCCCAUUUUGAUAUAAAAAAAAAGAGCUUCUGUUGUUUUAGUGCUGUCUGUACCAUCCAUACAUUUUGUGCCAACUGUUUUUAGAUCAAAGUGUUUCUCUAUCAAUAGGGAAACAUGUCUUAGGGGAUAUAACAACCUUUUUUUUAACAAGAAUAAUACACACUUAUUAAAUUGCAAACAGCUUACAGUUAGAAAUUCUGAGGAUUGAAGCAUUUUUCAGUUUUUAUAUGCGAGUUACAGGGAUAUGUUAAGCUUUACACUUAUGAUUUUAAUCAUUAUCUAAUAUGUGCAAUAUUAAUAAAUGUAUUUGUCUGGUUUUGCAGAAUUGUAAAUAUUGCUUUUUAUUCUUUAUUUGAUAUCAGUAUGUACAUGUAUGCUUAUAUAUAUAUAUAUAUAUAACUAGAUAGCUGUUUGGAAUUUUGUUACAUUGUAGAUUGUUGAUGGUAUUUAUAUGUUAGCUAUUAAAAUCUAUUUAGCAAUAAAAAUCUGAUAUUUCUGUCAUGUUGUUCAGAUCUUAAGAUGUUAGAUGUUCAGAUCUUUACAAACAUUUGUAUUAAUUGUGUUUUGAAGGUGUAAAAGAUUUCUGAUAACUAGGCAGUAUUUGCAACACUGAUUCAUAAACAAAGCAAGUUGUUAAGAGUUACAAUUGUUUUGUACUUGAAUGGAACAUGUAUGGCUGAAAAAUUAAAUGAUAAAAAGUAGUCAUUCAAUUAGGUAAUUAACUUAAAUGUGUAGAACCAGCUCAUGAAGCAUGGUUCAUAAUGGCUGUUAGUGUUUGAGAUAAGUAAGCAUCAAGCGGUGUUUUUAUUAGAUGAUAGAAUGUAGUGCAGUGUGUUAGAAAUAGCUAUUCACAUAGAAACCCAGAUGAGUUUAUCAAAAAAGUGGAUCAACAUUUGGCCCCCAAUUUUUUUUUUUUUUUUGACCAUUUAUAGAUGCAUGAAAAUGAACCAUAACCACAUAAAUUACUUCUGAUAGUCGUAGUGGAUCUCCUUGCAUAACACCAAGUUGAGACAUUUGGUAUCAAAAUAGCACUAGAUUUAUACACAGUAAACUGUUAUAAUUGAUUUUCAAAUUUACAGUAGCAUUUGAAAAUUAUUCAUUAUUUUGUUAGGGUACCCCCUUCACUCAAAUUGGUGUUGUGCAAGAAGGUCCACUACGACUUUAAAGUUGUUAUUACGGUUGUUACGGUUCAUUUUGAUUUAUCUACAUAUGGUGAAAAAAUUAAAUAAAUUGAAAUGGGGGCCGGCACUAAUGUUAUAUCUCCAUAGGCGUUGACCCAAUCUUUACCAUUUUUGUAAUUGGAUUUAUUGUGAAUGAUUGUUUAAAUAGAUAGAACAAUGAUCUUCCAGUGUAGUCUGUGUUAUUCAUACCUAAAGCUAGAUCACGUUAUGAUGUCCGUGUUAUAAAUUGGCCAUGGCUUAAAUAACGCUAUUAAUAAAACAGAAGUAAUUUGUAUGUUGGAAUAAACAUGACUAAAGCUUAACUUAAAAUAAAAUACAGCACAGGUUCGUAAUUUUUAGGAAAUAGAAAUUGCUGCAUGGCACUGAACUGGGUAGAUAUAUGUAUCAAAGGUGCUAAAAUAAUUAGGUGUAUUACACUAUUGCCAUGUUUGUUUGCAUUUCUUAUAAAUGCUUACUUGUCUGUUUGAUCUUGUUCCGGAAUAAAAAAGAAAUGAUUUUGCUUGACGUUUAAAGUUAAAAAGUAGUCCUGUGUUGAAUGAAAAAAGUCUUUUAUGCUAUUUUUCUUCUAACGAUAAAUCUGUUUCUCUAUACUGAAAUAAAGUACUCUUGUCUUACUCAUUACUCAGGAAGUUAUUCCAAAUUGAAAAUUUAUGCCAUUUCUUAUUCUAAAUAAGCAGAAAAUAUGACGUCCUAUUGCUGACUUGUCUAAUUACUUGAUUUGUCUAUUUAUUUAUAAUCAUGAAAUUAUAUUCUUUUGCCAUUAAAUGAUUCCUGUCUUCAA